CCAGAAUCGCUGUUCCCAAGCGCGCGGACGAGACGACACUGCAGGCAGGCAAGGCCAUGACAUUAGGAAGCUCGUCAUCUCAUGGAAUGUCCAUGGAAGCAGUCGCUUCGGCGCGGGGUUUUGAGCUUCUCACCCGCUGCGUGUAUGUUCCUCCGCUCAUGCAACCGUCGGUCACGGAAGCUGAACCGUGCUUUUGCAGCUCCACAGACUCGUCGGAAGUUGCAUGCCAUGACACUGAAUGCAUUAACUAUGCGACUUACGUGGAAUGUCCGUUGGAUCGGUGUCCGACAGGUCGUGGAUGCCGCAACCAACGCUUGCAGCGUCCCGACCUGUUUCCACACCUCGAACCGUUCCAGACUGAGUUCAAGGGAUAUGGCGUCCGCACGACUGAACGCGUGCGUGCGCUUGAUCCUGUCGGCGAGUACGUCGGCGAGAUCAUUGGCCAGAAGGAACUCCUCCGUCGGACCAACGGACUCGGGCGCAUGGAGACCAACUUCUACUACAUCCAGAUGUCGAACGGCGUGUACAUCGACGCGCGUCACCGCGGUGGGUUCACGCGCUUUGUCAACCACAGCUGCAACCCCAACUGCAAAGCCGAAAAGUGGACUGUGGGUGGCGAGACGCGGCUGUUGGUGUUUGCGCUGCGGGAGUUGGCGCCUGGGGACGAAAUCACAUUCGACUAUCAAUGGACGCUCCUCGGCCGGCAACGCAUCAAAUGUUUCUGUGGCGAAUCCGUGUGCAAAGGAUUCAUUGGCGGCGACGUCGAGAAAAACCCGACCGACACUCCCGACGGUGUGUUCCAAGAUCCGACAGACGCCGACACCGUCGACGAGUACCUCGUGGGUCGAACGCUGCGGCUGUUCAAUCCAUCCAGCGGCGACGGCAGCCACUCGUUUUCGAUCGUUUUGGUCAAGAGCUACGACCCAAAUACCCGGGAGCAUACCGUCGUGGACGCGCCUCCGUCCAUGGACCAAACUUCGACCUCCCCUCCUUCCACCCAACGACGUCGGCGCCGCCCGACCAACCGAUUCGACAAAGACGACAGCAGCAGCGACGGCUGCAGUAGCAAUAGUAGCAGUGACGACGAUACAAUCUCUCAUCGCGGCGGCGGCAGGGAUGAGGUCGAUGGAACAACCAUGCGACAGGUGUCGCUGUCGACCCUCCAGUGGCAACUCUACAUUGAUUUGCGCGGGUUGAGUGCCGACGACGUCCAAAAGGCGGUCUUCUCCAUUCCCAAGCUGAACCGCCCGCCGCGACGGCCACACCUGGCAAACGCAACCCCCUUGUCCGCGCCGGCGUCGCCGCUGUACCUGACUCCGCCGCGUCCAUCGACGCCGCUCUCCUCGUCCGCCGCCACACGACCUCCGACGUUCAAGCUGUUGCUCAAAGGACUGUCCCCAGAAGUAAACGCGACGAUGCUUCGACGGCUGCUCGGCAGCCACGCCGACACGGUCGUGGCCAUCGAUCUAUUCUUCCUCGACACGUCCAACUUUGGGCACAUCGGGUGGGCUCUGCUCGAGCUCUCGGACCCGAUCGUGUUUGAAAAGAUGCGCUCGCGGUUCGACAACAAACCGUUCGUGGGCAACACCGUCGUGCGGUCGUUUCGGGCUACAGACCAAGGCAUCUCGAGCUUUUAUCGGGUCAAAGAGACGACGAUCCGGCGUAAACAUCUCGUGUCCACCACCGACCCAAAGGGUACGUCGUCUCGGCCGUCGUCCGCCACGGGCACGCGUCCCCCUCCCCCCCCUCCCUCUCUUUCCAACUCGUCGCGCCAGCCCCCGCGUCGUCCGGGGGACGGCAGUAGCCCCACCACGAAUGACCACACUUCUAAUCCGUCAAUGUCGAUUGCUUCGGAAAUGUACUGCAUUGGCCGCAAACUCAACUGGGUCGUCGAUUCGUCGUCACUUCGUCCUUUGGUGUCGCCGUCGCGCAAAGCCGGCAUGUCGGCGUCCGUGGAAGCGAUGCUCCAAUCCAAAUGCACAAAGAUCAUGCUCAACGUGGUCAAGAUGCUCAAAUUCAAUCGCGAAGACGCGUCCACGGCCAUCGUCCUCUUCCACCGGUACGUGAGCGUGCACCCCAUGAACGUGUCGACUGUCGAAUGGAUGGCGGCCACGUGUCUCCACGUCGUGCUCAAGUCGCACUCGCGGUCAUUGGACUGGCCCGCGUUCGUCACGGCCGUGUACGCGGCCAAGUACCACGGCGGUGGCUCUUCUUCCGCGGCCCAGCCGUCGGCCGACGAGCUCGAGCGGGUCGAGCACCAUGUGCUGUCGAUGGAGGCGGCGCUACUGGACGGUCUUCGCUACGACAUCAGCUCCACCGAUCCGUUUGCAAUGUUGGACGCGUGCUUUCGUGGCGGCAACCUCGACGACGACAACCGCGCACACAAGUUUGGCAAGCGGCUCGUGUCCGACUCUCUCACGGCCACGUCGUUGUGGACGCACUUCCCCGUCGAAUGCCUCGUCGUGGCGGUGCUGUACAUUGCCAGCGCGACCGCCGUCUCGGCCAACCCGAACGCGGACAUGCCGCCCCCGCCGCCGUACCUCCCGCGCUUGCCGCGGUCGCAUCGGCACACGUUUGACGCCGCCGUGGCGCCGCUGCUGACGCUCUUCGAGGCUACCCGAUGCACCGACCUCCCCCGCUCGGUGCUGGAAGAACGCAUCCGACACUUUGUCGAUACCCAAGACGCCAAGGACAUGCCUGCGAUCUACUUUGAGCCGUCGAAUUGGCCGUCCGCGUACCUGGCGUGGCAGUCGAGUCACCAGGCGGUCCAGCUGACGGCCACUCACAUGGAGAACGUGGUCGCGAUCCGACGGCGAGCAUUUGUGGCCCGCAUCAAGGCGGUGGGGGUGCCGUGGCCAGACUUGGCGGGUCGACCGGUGUACCUGCAGCCGUGGCCGUACAAGCAACCGCAUCAUGCGACAAGGGGCAUGCCCGAAGCGUGUCUGCGGGAGCUGUCCACGCUGGUCAACGUCCACGCCCGCGACACGGCGCUGUUUGUGACGCUGAUCGGGAUUGUAUUUCCCACACAACCACAGCGCGUGGACGACCUCCUGGUGUUGCCGUCACCGUCGAAACCCAACAACAAUGAUAAUGCGAUCGACAUGUUUACAGACUUGUUUCCUGGCGAAACAGCCGACAGAACGAUGCCGCCCAUAUCCACCGCGAAACGACCUGUCGUCAAAGCCUCCACGAAAUCCAAAUUGCUCCAGGACGACAUGCACUACCUCGUGUUUGAACGCCCGCUGCACAUGCUGUCGACGCUGUUGGAAUCGACGUCCGACGCGUCCAUCAUGUCGUUUGCCACUCGAAAACGCAUCGUGUUCAACCUGUUUCGCAGUGUCGCAGUGUGCCACGAACACAACAUUGUCCAUCGGUUCAUAUCCCCGUCCAAUAUGUUUGUUUAUGACCACCAAGUGAAACUGGGGGGCUUUUCCUGUGCCCGACACGUCGACAUGAAAGGCGCGCGCACAAGCGGGUACGCCUUGUCCGCCAGUGAGGUCCACGAGCACAUGUCUGGGUCGGCACUGCACACGACAGCCCCCGAGAUUCUCCUCGGCGACAAAGUGUACACCAAGCGAAGCGACGUGUGGAGUCUGGGCGUGGUGGGGCUGCACAUCCUCCUGCACGGCGCGCCGCUGAUCGUCGGCAAGGACGCGCCCAAGCAGCUCGAGUAUCUGUACCGGAUCUGCGGGUCCCCGCGGGACGACGUGUGGCCUGACGCGAUGCACCUGCCCCAGUUUGUCCGCCCCAAGCACAACUACCACACCCGACUGCGCAAGGUGAUUCUUGAGCGCAUGCCGGUGUUCCCGGACGCAGCGAUCGAGUUGUUUGAAAACUUACUCGCCCUCGACCCCAAGCGCCGGUGGCCCGUGCGACGCGCGCUCACGGCGCCGUGGUUUGCCGACCAACUGCUCGACGAGAAUGGUGGGUCCAUGGACUUUACGAUGAUUCCGUCGACGGUCGAGACGAUUGGUGCAUCGUCAGCUCCCAAACAAGACAAAAGCGCCAAGAAACGAAAACAACGGCACGACGCCCCGCCAACCCGCCCCCACCGCAGUCGCCGCCCUUCUCGCGAACGUCCAAGCAGCUAGUUGGAACGUGGGGCUGCCACGUCACCACCACUUAUACGCUGGGUGAAAUGAAUACAAUCCUCAGAGUCGACGAGGAACGAGAUUGUAUCCUAAUCCAGUCUUGGGAUGACAGGAGACGACAGUGGUGCAUAUAACAUGAGAAUAGUACGACGUGCGAGAUGGGA